AUAUAAUUUGCCGUUUCCAGUAAACCAAAUUCUACCGGUGAUCUCCCUCGCAGUCGCAGCUUAUCACAGACGAACACGAAGUCGCCGGAGACAACGGUCCAGGACUAGGAGCACCUCCCAAGUUGCGGUUGACACCUCACUCCUCAAGUGAUCAACCUAGGCGUGUUUCCGUAGGUAAAGAUAUUAUUUACAACUAGUGAUGUCCUUACGUAGACCACCACUUCCUCGGCUUCUCCUUAAUAAUGUAGCUUGCAUGAGAAAUGCCCAGCAAAUCCUCCGCCAUGUAAAUGUUUCUCUCCACGAUGGUGGCGCCCUUGUACUGACAGGCACUAAUGGCUCUGGAAAAAGUACCUUUUUGCGCAUGUUAGCUGGUUUUGCAAAACCGUCAGCUGGUGAGAUACUGUGGAAUGGUCAUGACAUCACUAAUUCGGGAGUUUUCGAACAGUACAAACUUCAGCUCAAUUGGCUCUCUCUCAAGGAUGCUGUGAAGGAGAAGUUCACGGUGCUAGACAAUGUUCAAUGGUUUGAAGUUCUUGAAGGCAAGCAGGGGAAGUCUUUGCCUGCAUUAGAACUUGUGGGGCUUGGGAGAUUAGCAAACGAUAAGGCAAGAAUGCUUUCCAUGGGACAAAGGAAGAGGUUACAGCUUGCCAGGCUGUUGGCAAUUGAUCGGCCUAUUUGGUUGCUUGAUGAGCCUUCAGUGGCGUUGGAUGAUGAUGGCGUGAAAUUGCUUGAAACCAUUAUUGGUGAGCACAGAAAGAAAGGUGGCAUUGUCAUUGUGGCCACACAUCUACCUAUUACAAUUGAUGAUGCCAUGCAUUUGAGGUUACCUCCAAGGUUCCCUCGAAGAAUGACAUUGGUGGACAUGCUUGAUCGUGGCGGAUUGGAGUAAUACUAUAACAUCAAUAGCCGUUAUCUGUGAUGUGAAGUUACCUAACUUUUAUUUCAGACACCUGAUUAACGACCUUUAACAAUUAAAGCAAGCACGAGGUUUUUUUUUUUUUUUUUUUUUUUUUUAAAUAUAGAUACAAGAGUGUAUGAAAUGGAGCAGCAGUCAUGGAUGAUAAGCAUGGUGAGAUCAGUCUCAGUGGCCAUUGCAUCAAUCCAGCUUCUGUAUGCCAUCUGGACAUACAGGUACAGAUAUGAGAUCCUGAACCUGAACUAUCUCUGUCAGUCUGUGGCUAUUGCAUCAUGCUGAGCAUAUAAUAUAUAUAAUAUAUAAGCAUAAAUGUAUAAUCCAACUACAUAGAGCAUAUGCUUCAAUUCGGUAUCAGAGUCAAUCUCAUGCCAACUAUCAGUUUAGGCUUUUAGUUGAGAUGAA